CUUCCUCGUGGCGGUCGUUUUGGCUUCUCUGGACUCUGUUCACUGAGGGAGAGGCCCUGUAGCGCUGGGUCGCGACGGAGAAGGCCCUGAAGACGUUGUCCCCGCUGCUCAGAGCGGGUCUGAGGCUUGGCGGCGGCGCGCCCCGGGUGACCCGCACCAGACCGGGAGCUCCGCCCCCGAGGCCGAUGGCGGCGGCCGCGCGGAGGGAGCCGGCUCAGGGUAUGAACUUUGAGGAUGUGGCCAUCAGCUUCUCCCAGGAGGAGUGGAGGCUCCUCGAUGAGGCUCAGAGACUCCUGUACUGUGAUGUGAUGCUGGAGACCUUUGCUCUUGUAGCAUCCCUGGGUUGUUGGCAUGGAGCAGAAGAUGAGGACGCUCCUUCUGAGCAGAAUGUAUCUGCAGAAGGAGACUUACAAGUCAGAGCUUCCACAACCGGUCCAUCCACCCAGAACACCCAUUCCUGUGAGAUGUGCAUCCUAGGCCUGAAAGAUAUUUUGCAUGAUGCUGAGCACCAAACAGUACACCCUUUGCAGAAACCAUACUUGGGCAGCACAUGUGUGAGAUGUCUCUGUUUCAGUGGAAAUCUUCACCAGCAACAGAGGCAGGACAGUAGAGAGAAGCCCUGGAAUAGAGAUGUGAACAGGGCCUCGUUUGUGACAAGCUGCAGCUUGUAUGUGUCAGGGGAGCCUUUCAGCUGUAGGGAGGUUGGUGAGGACCCUCUGGCCACCUUAAGCCUUCUCCAACACCAGGCCGUUCCCUACAGUGAGACACCACACAGUUACAGUGAGAGUGGGCAGGCCUUUCUCAGUGGAAAAAGUCAUGACAAAAGGGGUGAAUGUGAAAAAGCUCCCAGCCACAACCAUACACUUGUUCAGCAUGAGAGUGUCUGCUCUGGAGAACAGCUUUAUGAGGGUGGCAAAUGUAGGAAAGCCUUCAAUUGCAACUACAGAUUUGUUCAGCACCAGCAAGUUCCCACUGGACAAAGGCCAUAUGAGUGUGGUGAAUGUGGGAAAUUCUUUAGCGAAGUCUCUGACCUUAUUAAGCACCGGAGAACUCACACUAGAGAAAAGACUUAUGAAUGCAGUGAAUGUGGAAAAAUCUUUAUCCACAGAUCCAAACUCAUUUACCACCAGAGGCAACACACUGGAGGAAAGCAUUAUGAGUGUGGCGAAUGUGGGAAAUCCUUUAGCUACAAAUCUAACCUCAUUGAACACUGGAGAGUUCACACUAGAGAAAGACCUUAUGAGUGUAUUGAAUGUGGGAAGUCCUUUAGACAAAGCUCUAGCCUUUUUCGACACCAGAGAGUUCACACUGGAGAAAGACCUUAUGAAUGCAAUGAAUGUGGGAAAUCCUUUAGACAGAUCUUUAACCUCAUUCGACAUGGAAGAGUUCACACUGGAGAAAUGCCCUAUGAGUGUAGUGAUUGUGGGAAAUCUUUUAGCUGCAAAUCUGAACUCAUUCAACACCAGAGAAUUCACAGUGGUGAAAGGCCUUAUAAGUGUAGUGAAUGUGCAAAGUCUUUCAGACAGUUCUCUAACCUCAUUCGGCACCGGAGUGUUCAUACUGGAGAAAGGCCAUAUGAGUGCAGUGUUUGUGGGAAGUCUUUUAGCCGCAAAUUUAUCCUCAUUCAACAUCAGAGAGUUCACACCGGAGAAAGACCUUUUGACUGCAGUGAAUGUGGAAAGUGUUUUACCCGCAAAUCUGAUCUCAUUCAACAUCAGAGGAUUCAUACUGGCACAAGACCUUAUGAGUGCGGUCAAUGUGGGAAAUCCUUUAGACAACGCUCUGGCCUUAUUCAACACCGCAGAGUUCAUUCUGGAGAAAAGCCUUAUGGAUGUGGGGAAUGUGGGAAAUCCUUUAGCCAAAGUGCUAGCCUCAUUCAACACCAGAGAGUUCACACUGGAGAAAGACCUUAUGAAUGUAGUGAAUGUGGGAAAUCCUUUAGUCAAAGCUCUAGCCUCAUUCAACACCAGAGAGGUCACACUGGUGAAAGGCCUUAUGACUGCAGUGAAUGUGGGAAACCCUUUACCCACAAAUCUGACCUCAUUCAACACCAGAGAGUGCACACUGGAGAAAGACCUUAUGAGUGUAGUGUAUGUGGCAAAUCCUUUAGCCGCAAAUCUAACCUCCUUAGACACCGGAGAGUUCACACUGGAGAAAAACUUUAAAUGUGCCAGGAAUAUUUCUUUCUUCACUCAGUGUAAUAAUGCUGGAGGAGAGUGUGUGAAAGACAUUUUCCUGACUGUAAGCUUCUUUUAUCUGAAAAUAGACUGUAUAAGGUUCCUCAUAAGUUUCAGGUAUGUGGGAGGCUUUAAUGAAAUGUAAUACACUAACCAACAUGCCCAGGGCUAUUGCCAGAUUUAUAUCACUGCAGUUUCUGUUGCUAAAGCCAUUUCUCCUUUACUCCCUGGCACACCUCAACAGUGUACAUCAGUCGGCACCCUGGUGUGGUCAGAGAAGCUGACCUCUCUUGUCCCAUUUGCUUGAGGAAAUUAUGAGCCCUUUGCAGGAUCCUCGUUCCUUUCUCUCUGUCUUUAAAGAAUAGACCUGACCCAGUUUCAGUCAGGAAGACCCAUCCUCAACUUACUAAGAAGGACUACCUUUUUCAAGGACGUGGUUGUUCUCACAUCAGGCUUGUGAUGAACUCUUCAGGUUCUAAUUCAUCAACCUAGGAACUGAUGACAUUGGUCUAGUUUAUGUUCUUUUAAUAAAGGUCUUUUUUUUUUUUUUUUUGAG